UCAAGCCGCUCAGGACGCACCGCCGCCGGGAUCAACUUCCCCAGAUACCGGGGAGGAACCUCCACGAUCCUCCAUGGAGCCGACCCCAGAGUGAGCCGGGCUGCCGGCACCGAGGCCGAGGGGCGCCGCCAUGAACGACAGGUACCACCGGGCGGCCAGCGACGGCUACCUGGACGUCCUGAAGGAGGCGACCCGGAAGGAGCUGAACGCGCCGGACGAGGACGGGAUGACACCGACUCUGUGGGCCGCGUACCACGGGCACCUGGAGGCGCUGCGGCUCAUCGUGGGCAGAGGAGGUGACCCCGACCGGUGUGACAUCUGGGGCAACACGCCGCUCCACCUGGCAGCUGCCAACGGCCACCACAACUGCCUGUCCUUCCUGGUGGUGUUCGGUGCCAACGUGUGGUGUCUGGACAACGACUACCACACCCCGCUAGACAUGGCCGCCACCAAGGGCCACAUGGAGUGCGUCCGCUACCUGGACUCCAUCGCCGCCAAGCAGAACACCCUCAACCCCAAGCUGGUCGGCAAACUGAAGGACCGGGCGUUCCGAGCCGCGGAGCGCCGCAUCAAGGACUGUGAGAAGCUGCAGAGGAAGCACCGGGAGCACAUGGAGAGGAAGUUCAUGAAGGAGUCGGCGGCUUUGGACAACCUGGACGCCAUUAGCUUCUCCAGCUACACCAGCAGCUCCACGCUGAGCCGCAAGUUCAACACGGUCACUUCCAACAUGCCAUACUCACAGGCCACUCUUCACUCCACCGCCAAGGGCAAGGCCAAGAUCCAGAAGAGGCUGGAGAAGAAGAAGCAGGUCGACGGAACCUUCAAGAUCUACGAGGACGGGAGGAAGAGCGUGCGCUCGCUGUCCGGCCUGCAGCUCGGCAGCGACGUGAUGUUCCUGAAGCAGGGCACCUACACCAACCCCAAGCAGAGGUCCCGCCUCCACAUCCGCCACAUGUUCCCCGGGGACGACGAGGACGAGGCCGACACCGUCUCCCGCGCCAUGAGCGACCCGGGCCUCCACGAGGCGGCGUACUCAGAGAUCAGCGCAGACUCCGGUCGGGACUCGCUGUUCACCCGGCCUGGACUCGGCACCAUGGUGUUCAGGAGGAGCUACCUGAGUCGAGGGACGUUUGGGGUCGGGGCCCCAGACGAGGGGAGUGUCGUGGGCAGUGAACCUGUGGGCGGGGCGCCGAAUGUUCGUCUACGUGGACAUCUGCCUCGCCGCUCGCCCAGCUUGGACGGGGACAGCAUCGGCAGCGCAUUGAGCCUGCAAGAGAGAAACCAGCAGGAGCUGCCCUGGGAGGAGGACGACGUGGGACUGGACGAGGACCUGGAGCCGGAGAACAGUCCUCUGGAGACCUUCCUGGCCUCACAGAACCUCGGUGAGUUCAUGCCGAUCUUCAGGAGGGAGAAGAUCGACCUGCGUGCUCUGCUGCUCUGCUCCGACCGGGACCUCGCCAGCAUCCACCUGCCCCUGGGCCCCAGGAAGAAGCUGCUGGACGCCUGCAGGAGACGUUUGGACACAUUAGACGAACCAGAGGCCAUCGAAGACACUGAGCUCUGAAGGUCAGGGAGGAGACAUUUACAUUUUAU